CUCCCAGAGCCCCCGCUGGCCCAGAUGGCGCGCCGGUGACGCAGCGAUUACACAUCGGGGAAGCGCCGGCAGCGAGGACAACGGAGAAGCCCUCAUGGAGGGGCCCCAGAAAGACCAUGCUGAGCCCUCUUGCGUUCCCUGAUGUGAUUCAGAAACCGGCCAAGGAGUAUACCUACUGAUACUGGGUAGGGUCCGUGCAAUUGCUCAGCCCUGCAUGGCAUGAGCUUCGGCAGCAAAGUGCAGGCCCUCUUAAAGACGCUGGAUGCCUUGUGCAGUGCUGGGAGGAGAUGUGCUCCUUCUCUAAUGGAGGGGAGGACCCAACAGCUCUUAUUCAAAAUACUCGCUGUUAUUUGCUGCAUUGAAGCAAUCGUGGGGCAAAAAUUGUGUCCCAAGCUGAUGGAAAACUACGUGGCAUCUAUGGUGCUGAGUGCGCUUGGGGACACGCUGGGCUAUUACAACGGGAAAUGGGAGUUCCACCAGAGCGGCCCUGACAUCCACAAGGAGCUGGCACGGAUGGGGGGGCUCGGCAACUUCAGCAUCCAGGAUUGGAAAGUCAGCGAUGAUACAGUGAUGCACCUGGCCACAGCUGAAGCCCUGGUAGCUGCUGGGAAAAGUCCAGAUUUAGCACAUCUCUAUUCCUUGUUGGCAAAGAACUACAAGGAGUGCAUGAACGACAUGGCGGGCAGAGCUCCAGGUGCCACAUGUAUGGAAAAUGCUCUGAAGCUGGAGCCAGAGAGGCCGGAUGGCUGGAGGAUCCCAUUCAGCUCCCAGGCAGGAGGCUGCGGCGCUGCCAUGCGCUCCAUGUGCAUUGGGCUACGUUUCCCCCAUCCCCAGCAGCUGGACACCCUGGUGCAAGUCAGCAUUGAGAGCGGGCGAAUGACCCACCACCAUCCUACUGGCUAUCUGGGCUCCUUGGCCUCAGCCCUCUUCACUGCCUUUGCGGUCAACCACAGACCCCUCCAGGCCUGGGGAAAGGGACUGCUGGAAGUGCUGCCGCGAGCAAAAGCCUAUGUAAGGGAUGCCGGCUUCUUCGUGGAGGAGAACAUGGGCCACUGGCAUUACUUUGAAGAGCAGUGGGAAAAAUACCUGGAGGAGCGAGGCAUAUCGGAUGGGGUCUCACCACCUACCUUCCCCUCAAAAUAUGGCAUUGCAGAGAGAGAUUCAUUCUACGCCUCCAUCAGCUACUCAGGCUGGGGGGGCAGCAGUGGGCAUGACGCCCCCAUGAUCGCCUAUGACGCGCUGCUGGGCGCUAGAGGCUCCUGGCCCGAGCUGGCUCACCGCGCUUUCUUCCACGGGGGUGACAGCGACUCCACAGCUACCAUCGCGGCCUGCUGGUGGGGGGCGAUGCACGGCUUCCUUGGAGUCAGGGCUGCCCUUUACCAAGACCUGGAGUUCAGGGAGCGCCUGGAGGCAGUGGCCAGGGACUUGUACCUGCUCAGCGCUGACUAGUCUCCACCAAGCUAGCUGUGCUUUUUGCAAACCUGCUGAGUCAAUGCAUGUGACUGUAAUGGGGAUGAAGCUUACUUUUUUUUCCCUGCAUGCUCGCUUCAGCACAGGAGCCAUUUAAUAGAUAGCAGCUUGGGAUUUGGCGGGGGGAGCAAUCACAUGGUGGUGUGGUGCAGGCAGGCAGCCGUGGAGUCACCCAAGCAGGCAGAGCCUGGAGUGUGCGAAUGCACCUCCUCCUUCACCUGGCAGCGGGGGUCUCUCCCUGUCCCCAAGCCAGGCAGGGAGCCCCAGGGCAAGCUGGUGUGUCCCCUUGCAACGGCUAUGUCUAGCUCCUGCCCUGCACUGCCCAUGGGAAGGGCCGGGCAUGCCACUCACCUUCUAGCACUGAACAUCUGCAGAGAUAAAACUUUUGCUCCCUUGCUCAGGAUGUUAUCUGCUGUAAGCUCUGGUGGGGGCAACAGCCAGCUGUGUCAGGGGGUGACAUUUUCCCAUACAAUUAAUUUAGUAGUGAGUAUUUUUUGUUUCUAGUGAGUGCCAAAAAAUUAACCUCGCAGCUUUGCCAGUGCAUUUUGCAGAAUUCCAUGACACUUUUGCUAUUUAAAGAAUGUGUCAUGCUACUUUCCUAUCUCAGUUAAGGGGAAGUUCCAUACUGCCAGCUAAACCCUUCUGCAAGGUAAGGGCUGCUAAUGAGCGAAUUUAAAGGUUGCAUUUUACAUCAGGUUAGGCAACUCCUGUGCUAAACUAUAUUCUUAUAUUUAAGUCCAGACUACUAAUGAUUAUUUGGUUACCAUUUGCCAUGGAUUAUGCAGCUAAUUCUGUGAUAAACAUGUUUUUCUUCAAAUCCCAAAUAUUAUACAGCUAAAUGCUUAUUCUUCUAAGAACGAUUUCAAAAUCAGGAUAUCCCAUCCAAUAAAUGGAUAUGCCAUG